CAAUUGGAAGCUGCUUUGGACGGGCGUUGGCUCAGAACAGCGGUCUAAUAAAAUACAUAAAAUAAACACAAUGCAUUAAAGCAUAAUCAAAACCAAAUUUUCUGGAGGGUUUAAAAAAAGAAAACAAUGGAACGGCUGGCCCUUUAGACCGUCCUUUGGGGGAAGGGUCAAAGCGCUUCCUCUUAGUUAGUGGCCGGUGAUUGGCGGAGCUAGAGGGCGGGGCGGAGGCCGAGCUCGCGCCGCUCAUUCAUAACAAUGCCGGCUUCCGCAACCUCAUUGAGAAGCUCUUAAAGGGCCAGGCCAUCACCGCCACACCGCGGGAGCUACUGCAAAUGCAUUGUGGGAAGAUAAAGUUACUUUCAGUUUUGCACGGACGGGCACAGAGACCAGAGAGAGGGGAAGAUGCGUCAAAGUGGAUUUGGCGGCACUAUGAUCAUCAACCUUUUCUAAAGGGCUGGGUUUAAACUUGAGGUCAUUGCCCUUCUAAUGGGAGAGGCUGGGCGCUGUAGACCUGCCGCCGCCAUAGACACCUUCACAAUUUCUCCAGAAGCUCCUGUUGCCGAAAUGACCCACAAUGCCCCCUCGAAGGACCCAGAGAUGCCUGCCAGCGACCAGGAGGACGAUCAGGCAUCCAUCAUCUUGCAGCUGUAUCCGUACUCAGAGGAGAAAGACGACCCGAACCAGGCUGUCCCUGCACCAAAUGAUGGAAGCAGUCUGAAGCUGGCGACCACCCUGACAAAUCGGCAGCGUGGCAACGAGGCAUCUGCCUUGCCGGCCACUUUGGACACUCUUUCUAUUCAUCAGCUGGCAGCCCAGGGUGAACUGGUCCUGUUGAAAGAAAAUCUGAGGAAAGGCGAGAACCUUUUAAACAAGCCUGACGAACGGGGCUUCACGCCGCUGAUGUGGGCCGCUGCUUUCGGGGAGAUUGAGACAAUCCGCAGCAUGCUGGAAUGGGGCGCAGACCCCCACGUCCUUGCAAAGGAGAGGGAGAGCGCCCUGUCUCUUGCCAGCAUGGGGGGCUACACAGACAUCGUCACCUUGCUCCUCGAGAAGGAUGUGGACAUCAACACUUACGACUGGAACGGCGGGACCCCUCUGCUCUAUGCCGUGCGCGGGAACCAUGUCAAAUGCAUCGAGGCCUUGCUAGCCCAUGGUGCUGAUCUCACAACCGAGGCAGAUUCAGGAUACACCCCGAUGGACCUGGCAGUCGCUCUGGGACACAAGAAAGUCCAACACGUGAUUGAAAAACAUAUCCUCAAGUUAUUACGGAGCAAAGAACCUGAGUGAAACAGGACUUCUUGUCACACUAAGGGGGGGUGGGACCUUCUUCCUGCUCCCCCCCCCACCAUUUUCCCUCUGCUUUGAAGGUGGAUUCAAGGUAAACCCUUCUGCACUGACCGGCUGAUCUGAGACACAUGAGACAGGGUUGGAAGUUUGAGAGUCACUGGGCUUUUAAAAGUUCGCUACAGCCCUCGUGGAAAGGGGGGCGCUAGAGGGGUUAUGUUUGACGGCAAGACACCCCCCCCCAAACUGCUUGUUGCCAUCAACUUAUUUUUUUAUUAUUUAUUGAAUUUUUAUGCUGCCCUAUACCCGGAGGUCUCAUUUAUCAACUUCCACUGCUCUGGAACCCCCGAAAUCCAGACUCCAGCCAGAGGAGAAGUUUCCGGAAGCAAAGGAACUCCCGGUGACUCGCAGAAGCUAGCCAAGCUGCAAAUCAGAAGGCACCCCGCUGCCGUUUGCAAACUGUUCUGAGCUGGGAUGCGUGUGAUGGGAGAGAUAAUUUUGCUGAUUCCCGAGCUUAAAAAAAAAGGACUAUGUUCUGUACUUUUAAAAUUUGAAAUGGCAACAACUGAACGCCCCCAAUUAAUGGAAGAAAUUAUUCUGUCCCUAGAAAACUUGCUGAAACUGCUAAGCAGGCAACUUUGCUACACUGUGCUUGCCUUAAACAGGAUUGCUUAUUUCCGCUCGCCUAGGGCGAACCAGGAACCCAGGUGAGCAGCUGUGAGAGCUUUCUUUUUGAAUAAAGGAAUGAAUAUCUUGGCAUAAAAAUACAAAAUAAAUUAUUGUUCACUAUUCGUUAUAUAUGUCUUUACCACCCUAUGUCUGAGGAUCACAGAGCAGUUUACAGUAUAAAACAAGCGUCGGCAACGUUUUCUGCCCGUGGGCCGGAGGAUUCCCACGACUAUUGCCCGUGGGCCAGACAUGGGCCGCACAGCCGCAGAAGCGAUUUCCGAUGCCGCGCUGCCCAUGUUUGGAACACCAGAAAUGGCUUCUGUGCCUGUCCACGGCUGCGCA